CCGCCCGGACCCAUUAGGGCGAGGGGGACUUCCGCUUCCUCCCACAAUCCGUGUCGCUUCCGGGUGACCACAAGACUCCUCCAGCGAGCCGACGUUAUCUGAACGCUGUCAACAACAAAAAACAACCAGCCGCCGAACGGUUCAGCUCCAGCCAGACGAGACGCGCAGAGAAAUGCAUAUCAAAACAGGUACAUGGGAAGCCAGCAACACUGUGUGUGAGUCCGACGCCUUGUGUGACCCAGCAGUCCUCGUUUCAGCCACCAACUCAGAGCCGCACAUACGCAACCGCCGCCUGUCCCCCGGCUCGGGCAACUGUGGAGGCGGAGGGGGUGGAGGGUGCAUCACCGGGGGCGACCAGCAGCCCCGACAGCUCUCGCCCGGGACCCCCGAGGGCGACCUAAACGGACCCGCACACGCUUUUGCCUUCCGCAGGGAAAAGGAGCGCAGGGGUCAGCACAAAGGCCGCGGCCUUCGCAGGGAAAGCCAGAAGGGGGUCGGCCGCGCGGGCGACCGGCCCCCGAAGGCAAACCAGAAGGAGCGGUGGGUGGAGGACAGUCUGUCGCUGCUCAAGCCCCCACCCGCUUUCCCGGUGCAGGACAGCCCCGCCAAGCUGCAGCCCGCCGUCAGCUACGCCUCCAAGGUGAAGGCGGGGGCCGCGGGCGGGGGUCUGGAGGAGGACCGGCCCGCCAUCGGAGUGCUGCUACAGAACCAGUGGGGUCUCAGUUUCAUCAGCGAGGCGAGGCCGUCCGCGGCCUCCGGCCCGCCGCCUCAGCCCACGGACGCAAAAGAGUCACCCGGCUCGCAGCAGGAGGCAAGCUGCACUUUCCUGCCUCCUCAAGAAACGCCCGCUCCAGUCGCUACCUCGGUCAGCCUCGGCCCGCGCCCAGAGGCAGAAGAGAGCAACGGAAAGCUGCUGCUCAGCUGUCGCCAUCUAGUGGAGGCUUUGAAUUAUCACAGUCGAGAGUGGAAUGCUGUCUGUAACAAACAAAGAGAUCCAAAAAAGGUGGUCUGGUACAAGGACAACCUGGAGCAACCAGCCUAGCAGUGUGAGACACUCGAUGCGCACACACACCAGUACAUACACACACACACACACACACACACACACACACACACACACACACACACACGCACACGUUAACACAGAAAGAUGGACAGAUUUUUAAGUCCCCCUACACAAACACACACACACACUGCACUCAGGAUGAUGUCUUCACACAAAGCCACACUGAGACACUUUGGACUAACUCCUUUGAGAUCUUACAGCAAUGGACUUUUUUUAACGCCUUACAGAAGCCUGCCUUAAUUAAUCGGACCUGUUUUCAUCGCCUCUCAUAAUGACUUUUUAGCUUGUUCAUGUAGAACUGGUCUUUUUUUUUUUUUUUUUUUUUUAAACAACAAUCUUUAAGGAGCUGUCAUUUAAUUUUUUCUCUCCCUUGAAGCUGCAGUUUUAGCCACCUCCUCCCCCCCCUCUUCUGUCCUCUGUAAAGCGAGUGGUCAAUCAAGCACUUUGUAAAAAAAUCCGUUGUUGUGACCAAUCCUUGUGUGCGAUCAACCCUCUGCGGAGUGAUUUUUUUUUUUUUUCUUUUUAAGUAUAAACCAGAAGAAUGUCUUGUACCUGCUUCUAUUUCACCGUUAUUGUACACAGAGGACUCUGUAACGUCGUCUUCAGUUUACAGAAGGGUGCGGUCAGCAGCACAGUAGAGUUCACCCUUUACCCCCCCCGUCAUCUUAAUGCUGUCAUAUCGUUUUGUUUUUCUCAUCGUUCCCUGAUCGGGUGAAUAUUAUUCAUGAAUCCAUAAGGGAUCUCACAUGUUCAUUAUGUUGAUUUUUUUUUUUUUCUUUUGGAAAGUGAAAUAUAUCAAAUAAAAAAAAAUUACACUGGAGGAAGAAUGUAAGUGAACAGUAUUGCUUAAUAAAAAUGAAUAAACUUGA